AUGCAGUCUAUAAAUGCACUAACCGACGAGUAUCGUGAUGCUGUUAUUAGUAAAAUUACAAAUGAAAACGAACUCAAACGUGCAAGGAUCCAUCCUAUACAGGUCCUUCUUGCGAAGUCGGUUUACCACGCAGGUCAUGGAGAUAAAGGCAAGCUGCAAUGGGAUGUCGACGAAAAGAUUGACAAGGCACUCGAGGAUGCGUUCUACAAAUCUUUCAUUAAUGCUCCGCCCACCAACAAGCGUUUCUGCUUUGCUUUUGAUGUUUCCGGAAGUAUGUGUUGCUCCAUAUCUGGCACAAUGCUGUCCUGUCGAACGGCUAGUGCAGCUCUGUCUUUAGUGAGCUUGAAGAACGAGAAGGAAGUUGAAUGUGUUGGUUUCUGCGAUAAGCUCACAGAGCUGCCAUUCCGCGGCGAUUGGACAAUAGACAAAAUUGAGACUUAUAUGGAUGGUAUGGAGUUUGGUGCGACUGACUGUGCAUUACCAAUGCUUUGGGCUAAGGAGCACAACAAGAAGUUCGACGUAUUUGUGGUGUACACCGAUUGUGAAACCUUCUUCGGAGAUGUCCAUCCAUUUAUGGCUCUACGCCAAUAUCGUGAAGCAUCUGGUAUUACCGACGCAAAACUUGUCGUUAUGGGAAUGACUUCUACAGGCUUUACUAUUGCUGAUCCUGAUGACGCUGGAAUGAUGGACAUCGUAGGUUUUGACUCUGCAGUUCCUACUCUGCUUGCCGACUUUGUCAAUGGAAAAGUUUGA